UACUUGAAACAACAGCAUUAUUCCAUAGAAUUUAAAGAGAUGUAUUAUUCCAUAGGCUGUAUUAUCCAGACCCACACUCCUAUUCAAAAGGUGGCGGUAAUGCACCUAAAACCUGUUUGGUAACCGCCAAAGAAAAACUAAGAAGAAGACGAAGAAGAAGGUUCUUUUGCUGUCGGUUAUAUCCUGUCUAUGGUUAUAUCUCGUACACAAAACAGAUGACAACAUGACUUCGGAGAAAAAGGUUGACAAGUGGAAUAAAAGAAAACAAUGUUCUGCAAUCAACUGUAAGAAUGACCAGUGUGACAGUAAACACGUGGCCUUUUACCGUUUCCCCAAAGACCCUGACAGGUGUGCCAGGUGGGUGCGGCAUCUCAGAAAUGCAUCACUGAAGAAGAUCAACUCUCAGCUGCUCCACAAGAGCUACAGGGUGUGCAGUAACCACUUUCAGCCUAGCCAGUUCAAGAAGCCAUCUGAUGUCCAUGCAGGAUUGAAACGGAAUGCAGUGCCCACAAGGGCAAAUGCCCCUAACCCACCACCCCCACUUCACGUGGAGUUAAAGAGAAAGCCGCCAAAGCAACGUCAGGAGUUACCGAAAAAGAAACGCAAACAGAGUCAUGUGGUUCACCUAUCAAAUGCAGGUGCAUCCAUUGCAGCAAGUGUUAAACAACCCACUGGUUCAUCAGAGACAAAUGGCACCGUACCAAAUCACCUCACUGUAAUAUCUGUGGUGGCAAGACGUUUAGCGGUAGCAAAGGUAUCACUGAAGUCAACGCCAUCACAGACACCGGUCACUGUACCUAAUAAUGCUGUAACAAGUCCUACAGUGGCACCACAGACAUCACUUCUGCCGCCAAAGCCAACACAGACACCUGUCACUGUACCUGAUGAUGCUGUAGCAAGCCCUACAGUGGCACCACAGACAUCACUGUUGCCACCCAAGCCAUCACAGACACCUGUCACUGUACCUGAUGAUGCUGUAGCAAGACCUACAGUGGCACCACAGACAUCACUUCUGCCGCCAAAGCCAACACUGAUACGUAUCCCUCUACCUAAUGAUGCCUUAACAAGCCCUACAGAGGAACCACAGUCAUUUCUUUUGCCACCAAGGCAACCGCCACCCAAGCGUCCACCUACUUGCAAGGAGCGUCUGAUGAUGGAGAGGAUCAAGAGUCUAAAGUCACGGGUGGCCAAGCUGAAGGCAGAAGUAAAGGAACUGAAGAAAAGCAGCAAAGUAGAUACCAUGGAAGCACUUAUGAAUCAGCUGAAGAAACUCCUACCAGCCCAAACCUUUGCUUUCGUCAGUGCACAAAUCCGUGAAUCACAGCACAAGUCGAAUAAUUUCCGGUGGACUGCUCAGGACAAAGAACUCUUUUUGCCCCUGCUACGAGCCAGUCCAAAGUGUUACAAGUUACUGUCCAACAUUGUUCUUCUGCCAACUGCCCGUACUCUACAGAAGUAUGUGCAGUCCACUGGUUUCAAAUCUGACCAAAAUAGUCUUCCCAUGACGAAGCAGACGAAGCAGAAGAAGACCACUAAGCCUAUAGAUGAGAUCAGUGAUUCUAUUCUGGAGUCUGUUGAUGACCCUGCAGAGGGUUCUUUCACUUCACUGGAACAACUGGAGGUAUUGGAGUGUCCUUUUGUACCGGAGGAACUGCAGGGUCCUUUUCCACCGGAGAAACUACUGAUGACCCCCCUGAGGAUGCCAUACUGAAAUAGGCCCUUUUCCACCAGAUCAACUGUUUCAUAUUUCUUAACACUGCUGGUGGAAGUCCCCCUUUAUCUGUGUCUUCACGUGGCAGGAACUGGGGGCGAUCGUAGUUCUUUGAACACCAAUUCCAGGGGCGUUUUAGUUCCAGUUUCAGAGAAUAUACUCACAGAAACCAUGAGUGAUGUGUGCUUAGUGAGAUGACGCCACUGGUUUCAGCAACGUCUGCCUGCCUUUGACCAUGAUGGAAGUAUACUGGUUUACAUGGCAGGGUAUAUGGUUGGCAGCGGGGAGAUUCACAGACAGUAUAGAGGGAUUCUCUGGCUCACUUUGGAGUCCUGAGGAACUCUAUGGUCCCCAUGAAGCAAGAACAGGACUCUACAUGGCCGCUGUAUGUGUAAUGAAGCACAAAGUCUGACUCGUGGUCAUUUGGACUUCCUUAUCUUGAGAUGUUCACCAGCUGUGUGCCCUAGACACGUUAUAAUUAUGCUGCACUGACCGGAAUGUUCUUAAAGCAAGAGACUCCUCGUGCUCUGGCUAAACUCUGGACACCAUCAAAGUGCAGACUAAUGAAGGGGGCCAAAGCAUAAAAUACUUGCAAUCAUAAAUGUAAACCAUUUUAUUAUAAUGUCUGUAUAGGCCUGUGCUCUAUAUGAAGAAUCAAAUAAAAAAGCAGGUAGAAGCCAACUGCAUUUUGUGUA